CGUCGAGGGAGAAGAUAGUGUGUCAUAUAUUCAAAAAAUUCUCUCGAAACAAUCGUCGAGAUAUAUUUCAUUCAGUGGUAAAGAUUGUCAGAUCACGAAAAUCAUUGCAAAAUCGCAAUCGAGCGACAAUCCCAUUGUGUUCCACGUCGAGCAGGAUCGUGGUUUCGAGGAUAAGGAAUAAAAUGGAAAUUGGCGAAACCUCGAACGGAUGGUUCGUUUAAAGAGGAUCUCAAGGCAGGAGACUUUUGGCAGAAACGAACAUCAGUAUGUUGCACAGUUCAUUACCACGGGCAUUCCUCGCCCCUGGAUUGAAUUAUCUUGGUUACUACGGUGACGAGAUCCAUCAGCAUUCGUACGGUACCACUUGGCACAUUCCAAUGGAGAACCCCCCGACCUAUUCAAGGGUCCCCGAUCAUCACGUUCUUCAAACCUGGGAUCUGUCCAGAUCGUCCACGCCAUGUCCACUCGACUUAUCUCUGAAACCACCGCCUACACCAAGCACACCCAAGACCGAAGAUUCGAUCGUAAUAUCAGAUUUGAAGAAGGAUCACAGAACAUUGGAUGAAGCGCAUAAAGAGUCGGAAAAUUGCAGAUAUGGAAGGAACAAUGACGAAUCAAGUCCCCUUAUAGUCGACGACUUUGACACCGUUCCUCGAAGCUCCUCGGUGCACAGUCAUUCGAGCUACGAGCAAGUUCUGUCCAAGAAAGAGCCUUUGCAAGCUCAAGAAUUGACGGUCAAAGCUUGCACCUUCGAAGAAGCCACCCGCUUGGUUCCCUUUGGCUCGACCAACGAAAUUUCCUCCAAAUAUUAUGCGCACAAUCAAAAACUUUUGUUAACCAGCCCCAACCAUCUGCAGUCGGCAGUACAAGGCUAUCAUCAACAACUUUUGCUGACUCCACAGCAUCACUUGCAGGGGAUGCAGCACGCACCUAUGACUCCACCUAGCACACCAUCGCCUCCGCAGUGUCCCAGAAGGAAAGCAAGGGAAGAAGAUUCGAGUCCAGCUUCAACGACCAGCAAUACUAACGUGUCUAACGGGUCCAGAUCAGGAUCGAGUGAAAAACUUCUCCAGAGGCCAAAGAAGAAGCACGCCAGAAGGCUGAAAUUUGACGAGGACACCAGCAGCCCUGUAUCGGGCACUGUGAUCCUGGGCCCGGACGAGGCGGUGGUCACGGGAGACAUUGAUCCAGCCUUCAACAUCGUUGAAGUCACCGAGGAGGCGCGAGCGGAGCUGGCCAAGAUCGAGAACAGGCUCGGCCCAUAUCAAUGCAAACUCUGCAGGCAAUUGCACGAGGACGCGUUCCAAUUGGCCCAACACAGAUGCUCGAGGAUAGCUCAUGUCGAGUAUAGAUGCCCCGAAUGCGACAAGAGGUUCUCCUGUCCGGCCAACUUGGCAUCGCAUCGACGCUGGCACAAACCUAGAUUGGCUAAUGGCGAACAUUCCUCUUCCACGGCAAGUAUUGAGAUACCGUGCACCAGGUGCGACGCCAAGUUCACCAGGCAGGCAGCGUUGAGGAAACAUCUGGCCAGCCAGCAUCCAGAGGCAAAUAACAACAACAACAACAACAACAUUAUUUUGGACACGCAAGGAGCCGCUGUUGGUAAGACUGAUGUUGUUCAGGUGGUUAACGAUGGUUCGUUGAACACCGAGAUACCCUGACACCAAUUCCCCGCGAGACCUUUGCCUCGAAGGCCGGGACUCUAUUGGAGAUUCGGUCUUGAUUUAUAAAGAUUUCUAAAUCCACUAGUUUAUUUUUGAUUAAAAUUUCAUAAUUGAUGAAUCGUUGAAUCUAUGGAAAGAGGCAAUCGACGUGUAUAUAUAGCUUUUCCUUUUAGCUUAUAUCUUGCAUUCCCUUUUAUUCUUGUUGAAAUACAUAUUUUUGAAAUUUUUAAAGUUUUAGUAUAUACAUAUAACAGCGAGAAGAAUUUUGUUCCUUUUGUUUUUCCUUUUCUUUUGUUUUUUUUU